GCGCGCCCUUGUUUCCUGCUGCUGCUAUUGUCGAGCGAGCAAGACGCAGCUUUCUCUUUCCUGAAGGUAGCAAGCGGGUGAUCGCCUGAAACAAAGUCGCAGCCAUGCGGGAGAUCGUGCACAUGCAAGCCGGCCAGUGCGGGAAUCAGAUUGGAGCCAAGUUCUGGGAAGUCAUCAGCGAUGAGCAUGGCAUUGACCCGACAGGCAGCUACCAUGGAGACAGUGACCUGCAGCUUGAGAGGAUCAGCGUCUACUACAAUGAAGCUGCCGGCAACAAGUAUGUCCCCCGUGCAGUGCUUGUGGACUUGGAGCCUGGCACAAUGGAUUCUGUCCGGUCUGGACCAUUCGGCCAGAUCUUUCGGCCUGACAAUUUUGUCUUUGGCCAGAGUGGUGCUGGGAACAACUGGGCCAAGGGCCACUACACAGAGGGAGCUGAGCUGGUGGACUCUGUGCUGGAUGUGGUAAGGAAGGAGUCUGAGAACUGCGACUGCUUGCAGGGCUUUCAGCUGACCCAUUCCCUGGGUGGUGGCACGGGCUCCGGACUGGGGACACUCCUCAUCAGCAAGAUCCGGGAGGAGUAUCCCGACAGGAUCAUGAACACGUUCAGCGUGAUGCCGUCCCCUAAGGUGUCGGACACGGUGGUGGAGCCCUACAAUGCCACGCUGUCCGUCCACCAGCUGGUGGAGAACACGGAUGAAACGUUCUGUAUUGACAAUGAGGCCUUGUACGAUAUCUGCUUCCGCACACUCAAACUCACGACUCCGACGUACGGGGACCUCAACCACUUGGUGUCGGCCACCAUGAGCGGUGUCACCACCUGCCUGCGGUUCCCUGGCCAACUGAAUGCCGACCUCCGCAAGCUGGCGGUCAACAUGGUGCCAUUCCCUCGCCUGCACUUCUUCAUGCCGGGCUUUGCUCCCCUCACGAGCCGCGGAAGCCAGCAGUACCGGGCCGUGUCUGUGCCAGAGCUGACCCAGCAGUUGUUUGAUUCUAAGAAUAUGAUGGCGGCUUGCGACCCACGCCAUGGGCGCUACCUGACAGUGGCAGCCAUUUUCCGGGGCAGAAUGUCCAUGAAGGAAGUGGACGAGCAGAUGCUCAACGUCCAGAACAAGAACAGCAGCUAUUUUGUCGAGUGGAUCCCCAACAACGUGAAGACGGCCGUGUGCGACAUCCCUCCGCGAGGCCUCAAGAUGUCCGCCACCUUCAUUGGCAACAGCACAGCCAUCCAGGAGCUGUUCAAGAGGAUCUCAGAGCAGUUCACGGCCAUGUUCCGCCGAAAGGCCUUCCUGCACUGGUACACCGGAGAGGGCAUGGAUGAGAUGGAGUUCACGGAGGCCGAGAGCAACAUGAAUGACCUGGUCUCCGAAUACCAGCAAUAUCAAGACGCCACAGCGGAUGAGCAGGGAGAGUUUGAAGAGGAAGGCGAGGAGGACGAGGCUUAGGAUCGCGGUGGUUUUGUGCAGUGGGGCAAGUGUGUGAGGGCACAGUCUGUUCAGCUCUGCUGCUGCAUGCUUUUUCAGUCCAACUUGGUGCUUUUACUGUUGAUUUCCCUCAUUGCCCCAAACCAUUUGAUUUGGAUCACUUUUAUAGGUCAUGAGAACAUUUCAUCGUAAUAAUGAAAAGUGGGUGCUAUGAAGCUCUCCAUGCUUUCAAUUGGGGCUAAAGUGAACGUUGUAAUUGUUACCCUUAAGAAUAUAUUUACUUCCUUGUUAAGACAACUGUUGUCCUUCAGCUAUAUGGGUAAAGCUAUUGAUCACACAAUUGUGCUGCAGCUGUUUUAUUAAAAAGUAGAAAACAUG